GUUCAUCUUGACCCCACGUUCCAGAGCGCGCCCGGUAGUCAGGAGCUGUUGUUUUCUGCGUCUCCAGGGAACCCCAACACAAACCAGCCUGAGGCGCGGCCUCAGGCGUAUGUUGGAUGGGUGGCGAAGGCGUUCUCGGGACCUGCUGGGACUUUAGAGGACCCCCGGUCCUGGUGCAGAGAGCCUCUUAAGAAACUUGAGAACCAGUUUAGCGUCGGAGCGGCUAUCGGUGCGCUCCUCCGCCAUGCGGUAGCCUGUUCACGCUCCUGGAACUGCUUUUGAGUCGCAAGUAAACUGAGUGGGUAUCGCCAUGCGCUAAGAGUUCAGGUUACCCACCAGGAGAAUUUGACAAUGAGCGGCCGGCGGAAACGUGCCCCGCCAGUGAGAGCAGAUGAGGAAAGGCGGCAGCAGCAUUGUUGGAAUAUGCACGAGGACAGAAGGAAUGAGCCUCUCACCUUGACUGAUGACGAAGAGCUCCCCUGCCUUGGUCUGCAUUCUCCCUCUGCUCACUCCAUCAUCCUAGAUGAUGAUCUAAAGGACGAAUUGUCUCCUAGAAAUAAGAAAAGGUUUUUAGAGGCAGAGAGCAUCUCAAAUUCAGUCGAUAAAGAAGAUACUGGUGGUCUUUCUACCCCUUUGUCUAUAAAGCUAAAUAUUGUGAUUUCUCCCUAUCACUUUGAUAAUUCUUGGAAAGCAUUACUAGGAGAAUUAACUCUUCAGCUUCUUCCUGAACAGAGUUUAAUUGAAAAUUUUUCCGAAAGAAGUUUUACACUUACGAAUUUAGAGUCGAGCAAUCAGUUCCUGAUCUAUAUUCAUUCAAAAUACAAAGAUGUAGAGAAACAAAAAAAACCUUGUCUUUGUGACAAGGGUAUUCGAGUCAAAUCAUCCUUCAGUGAUGAAAUGUUCGAAGAUCUGGGAUGGCUGCAAAAGAAGAGAAGAAUAAAACUUUAUCAGAAACCAGAAGGAAAUCACAUUAUCAAGGUUGGAAUUUAUCUUUUGGAAGAUGGCCUAGUGAAACUAGAUUUUUUGAGUGAUACAAAUUCAAGAAUGAAGAAGUUCAAUCAACUCAUGAAGAGAGUGAUGGAAAAGUUGUACAAUUUUAUUAUUCCAGAUGUGUUGGAAGAGGAUGAAGAUGAUUCAGAGAGUGAGCCAGAGGGACAAAACAUUGAUAAGCUCUAUCAGUUUGUGAAGCAAAUACGUCAGCGAGAAUCACAGUCCAUCCAAGUGGAUGUCCAGCAUCCUGCGCUAAUGCCUGUGUUGAGACCAUACCAAAGAGAGGCCGUCAGUUGGAUGCUACAACAAGAGCAUUUUUGCAGAAGCGUUCCUACUGGUGAAAAUGCCUUGCACUUCUUAUGGCGAGAGAUUAUUACAUCUGAGGGUUUGAAACUCUACUACAAUCCAUAUACUGGCUGCAUUAUGCGUGAGUACCCAAAUGCUGGGCCACAGUUGCUUGGUGGAAUCUUAGCAGAUGAAAUGGGUCUUGGAAAGACAGUGGAGGUUUUGGCUCUGAUUCUGACUCAUACUCGACAAGAUGUCAAACAAGAUCCUCUCACUCUUCCUGAGGGAAAAAUGGUGAAUUAUUUCAUUCCAUCACAUUAUUCUAGAGGAAAAGUAAAUAACACAGAAACCCGAAAUAUGGAAUUUAGACCAAAAGAAAAAGUUCAGUGUCCCCCUACACGUGUGAUGAUCCUGACAGCUGUGAAAGAAAUGAAUGGGAAAAAAGGUGUUUCCAUGCUUUCCAUCUAUAAGUAUGUCAGUUCUGUAUAUAGGUAUGAUGUUCACCGGAACAGAAGUCUUCUGAAACGAAUGCUGAAGUGUUUAAUUUUUGAAGGUCUUGUGAAACGGAUCAAAGGCCAUGGUUUUUCUGGAACUUUUACAUUGGGGAAGAAUUAUAAGGAAGAGAAUGUGUCUGAUAAAGCAAAAAAGCAGGCAUUAGGUAGUCCAAGGAAAAUUCAAAAAGAAUCCAGAAAAUCAGGAAGCAAAGACACAGAUUCUGAAUACUUCCCCUCAGACUCUUCUGAUGAUGAUGAUGAUCCUUAUUAUUACUAUAAGCCCAAGAAAAAUCGUAGUAAAUUGAGGAAAAAUCUUGUUCCCCCUGCAAAAAGGAGAAAAAGUCAGCCUAACAUAGAUCUCAAUUCACAAAAUCACUGUCCAGCUACCAGUGACUCUGGAAUUACUGAUGUUACCAUAUCUGAAAGCACAUAUAUCUUUGAAGUGAAUCAAGAACAUGCAACAGAGGGCCAAGGUGGGUCUUCACACCCUGUUGGUGGCAAUGUGCCACAUGCUAAUAUCAUGAGUCCUUUUAAUUCCUCUGAUUAUCGCUUUGAGUGCAUAUGUGGUGAACCUGACCAGCGAGACCAUAAGCUGCGUGUUCAGUGCCUGAAAUGCCACCUGUGGCAACAUGCAAAAUGUGUGAAUUAUGAAGAGAAGAAUCUGAAGAUUAAGCCUUUUUAUUGCCCCCACUGCUUGGUUGCAAUGGAGCCAGUAUCAUCAAGAGCAACUCUGAUCAUCUCUCCCAGCUGCAUCUGUCAUCAAUGGAUAGAUGAAAUCAGGAAACACGUGAGGUCAUCAUCUCUUCGUGUAUUGGUAUAUCAAGGAGUGAAAAAAGAUGGCUUUUUACAACCUCAGUUUUUGGCAGAACAGGAUAUAGUUAUCAUUACCUAUGAUGUCCUUCGUUCAGAACUAAACUAUGCAGAUAUCCCACACAGCAGUAGUGAGGAUGGGCAUUGGCUACGGAACCAGAAGCGCUAUAUGGCUAUUCCCAGUCCACUCGUAGCCGUGGAAUGGUGGAGGAUCUGCCUUGAUGAAGCUCAGAUGGUUGAAUGUCCUGCCAUAAAAGCUGCAGAAAUGGCUCAACGCUUGAGAGGGAUUAAUCGCUGGUGCAUCAGUGGCACUCCAGUGCAGAGAGGAUUGGACGAUCUUUUUGGAUUAGUGGUCUUUCUUGGUAUUGAACCUUACUGUGUCAAACACUGGUGGGUUCGACUUCUCUAUCAACCUUACCUCAAGAAGAAUCCUCAGCUUCUGUACAACUUUAUUGCCAAGAUAUUGUGGAGGUCGGCAAAGGAAGAUGUGAUUGACCAAAUCCAGAUACCCCCACAGACAGAAGAAAUCCACUGGCUUCACUUCUCUCCUGUGGAAAGACAUUUCUAUGACCGUCAACAUGAAGUGUGCUGCCAGGAUGCAGCAGUAAAACUCAGGAAGAUUUCUGACUGGGCUCUGAAGCUCAGCAGCUUGGACAGGAGGACUGUCACCUCCAUCCUGUAUCCACUGCUGAGGCUCAGACAGGCCUGCUGCCACCCACAAGCUGUUCGUGGAGAGUUCUUACCACUCCAAAAAAGCACCAUGACAAUGGAAGAGCUGCUGAUAUCUCUACAGAGGAAAUGUACAACUGAAUGUAAAGAAGCACAUCGGCAGCUAGUUUGUGCUCUCAAUGGCUUAGCAGGCAUCCAUAUCAUUAAAGGUGAGUAUGCCUUGGCAGCAGAACUAUACAGAGAAGUGCUGCGUUCAUCUGAGGAGCACAAAGCAAAACUCAAAACCGAUUCAAUCCAAAGACUUCAUGCUACACAUAACUUGAUGGAAUUGUUGGUAGCCAAGCACCCAGGGAUACCUCCUACCUUGCGAGAUGGCAGACUUGAGGAAGAGAUCAAGAUGUCAGCAGAGUUGGUUUCUCCUGGGGACUCCUCCUUGGCUUAUAUAUGGCUGCCUUCUCGCUGUAUCCUCAGGAAACUAACCUACUACUCUUCUGUGUUGUGCAUUGUGCUGAUGAUGGGAAUCAGGUUCUAUGACUGCAGAGGUCUUCAGUACUUACUUACAACACAAAUGGAGGAGCUAAAUAAAUUCCAGAAGCUGGUAAGAGAGGCUGUAAGAAACCUGGAGGGACCUCCAUCUCGUGAUGUUAUUGAAUCUGCAACCAUCUGCCACCUCCGGCCAACCAGACUUCCUCUCAACUGUUGUGUCUUUUGUAAAGCAGAUGAAUUGUUCACAGAGUAUGAAUCGAAGCUGUUUUCUCACAUAGUCAAAGGCCACACUGCAAUUUUUGAGGAAAUGAUAGAGGAUGAGGAAGUACUAGUGGAUGAUCGAAUGCCUACCACCAACCGGGGUCUGUGGGCAGUAAGUGAGACAGAGAGAUCUAUGAAAGUGUUACUGUCAUUUGCAAAAUCACAUAGAUUUGAUGUUGCAUUAAUUGAUGAAGGAAGUACUUCAAUGGAUCUGUUUGAAGCAUGGAAGAAAGAAUAUAAGUUGCUGCAUGAAUAUUGGAUGGCUUUAAGGAAUCGUGUAUCUGCUGUUGAUGAACUUGCAAUGGCUACAGAACGACUGAGAGUGCGUCAUCCUCAAGAGCCAAAGCCCAAUCCUCCUGUUCUUCAUAUCAUUGAACCACAUGAGGUAGAACAAAAUCGUAUAAAACUAUUAAAUGAUAAAGCUGUUGCCACUUCACAGCUUCAGAAAAAACUUGGACAUCAUCUUUACCUAACUAACUUGAAAAAGUCUCAAGACAAAACUUCAGGGGGUAUUAAUCCAGAACCCUGUCCAAUCUGUGCUCGGCAGCUGGGAAAACAGUGGUCAGUACUGACCUGUGGGCACUGUUUCUGUAAUGAAUGCAUUUCAAUUAUUAUCAAACAGUACAGCGUGGGGUCUCAUAGAAGAUCCAUAACGUGUGCCAUCUGCCGCCAGACCACGUCACACAAAGAAAUAUCAUAUGUCUGUACUUCAGAGAAAGCCAGACAGGAAAAGGACAUCCCUGUAAAGGGCAGUCAUUCUACAAAAGUAGAAGCUGUGGUCAGAACUCUGAAGACAAUCCAGCUUAGAGAUCCAGGGGCUAAAGCCCUCGUCUUCUCGAUGUGGCAAGAUGUAUUAGAUGUUAUUUCAAAAGCUCUCACUGACAACAACAUGAAAUUUGCACAGAUAAGUAGUGUUAAUAAGACAUUUCAGGAGAACCUGUCAGCAUUUAAAUAUGAUCCCCAGGUCAACAUUUUGCUGCUGCCGCUGCGCACAGGUUCCAAUGGAAUAACUAUCAUUGAAGCAACUCAUGUGCUCUUGGUGGAGCCCAUCCUGAACCCUGCCCAUGAGCUUCAGGCCAUAGGACGGGUGCACCGAAUUGGACAGACAAAGCCAACUGUUGUACACAGAUUCCUAAUUAAAGCAACAAUAGAAGAAAGAAUGCAAGCAAUGCUGAAAACUACUGAGAGACGUCACAUGAUCUCAUCGGUAAAGCACCCAGAAGCCUCCAUCUUGACCUUGGCUAAUCUGGCAGACCUUUUUACCCAAGAAACUGAAGAACUUGAGUGAAGUACAUUUGAUGCAAUCCACAAGCUGCAAUGUAUUCAAAUUAUUUCAUAGCUUGUAAAGCAAAGUUACAAGUAAAAAAAUAAAGAAAAGUCCCAGUA